UAAUGCUCCUCAUGCACACAGCAUUGCUUUCUCCUCCGUAUGGCAGAUACGAUUGCCCCGUACUCGCCCGUCAUGUUUUUGCCUUCACUUCUUAGGCUGCAUUUCCAGUUUUCGUGUUGCUUCAACCUCUUCUCACUCCAGUUUGUGAUCUACUAGCUUAUUUAUUUUCCAUAGACCGUGUGUGUCUGGGAGAAUAGUAUCCUUUUGUUUGAGUUGAUUGUAUUCUUCGCCCUAAGGUGGAUAUUGUUCAGGUGCAUGCGCACUCGUCAUCCUGGGGUGACUCUACCUUGACUUGCCGAGAGUGUCGUAGCUUUCGGUGUGACGAUGAUUUUGAUGCUCCUAUUUGUCGCGUAAGAACUUGUUUGUCCAAUACAAAUAUUCAUUAGUGGUUCGCUGUGAUUAUUGAGGUUUCGUUACUGGGUUCCGUUCCUCGGUCCCAACCUUGCGCUAUGAGAUGCCAGAUAGAAGCUCUAUGUCGAGACAGCCGCAAGUCAUUUUCAUCGCUGCGACGGAGGGCGCUAUCAAUAACGGUUCUACUUCUUAGACACUCCCGUUCGUUAUGGUUCUGGAUCAAUUUUCUUGCGAUGACGAAGCUGGUCGGCGGGGACUUAUGUGUAACCACUCCCCGACAUCCUCAGUGCCGAGAAAUUGCACGUUGCCGCCUCACCUCAGCCGCCAACUUCUCACCGCCUAUCUCCACAUGUACCCAGUCUGUGUGGAGGACGGGUCUCGGUCUCGGAUAGACCUCGAGGUUGCAAUCUUGAGCUGUUGUUACAACUCGAUGUGUUGGCAUCGCUACUCCUCUUUGAUAACAUUGUUGUGGUUUGAGACGUCGUCAUUGCUCCAAUUCCAUACUUGUUUCAGCUCGUGAUUUCAGAAGAUGCGUAUCCGGAAGCAGCAGCCGAGGGGUAAUGCAGGAGGGGAAUCGUCGGGCGCGAAUCCUGGCCUGGGAAGUCAAGGACAAGAGCUGGUACAGAGUUCUAGAGGAGUGAAAGACAAGCCUGGAGACGAAGUGCAAAUGGUUAAUAGUGGAGAGGGAGUGAUAGACGAAGAGUUAAAUGAAGCAAGUGGGGCACGGCAGGUCCGAGUGGGAAUUGAGAGAGUUGACUCUGCAUGUCGGUCCCAGUACACUUGGCUAGAUAAAUUGCGGCAUUCCAAAGGUUUUACCGAAUUGGAGCCUUAUUCGGAUUUAGAGGAGUAUGUGAAAUCUUUAUCAAAAAGGGACGGUGCUAGUUCAUCAAAAGGGGGAGUCCAAAAUUCCGAGGAAGUGGUUGAAGGGAGUGACCCGAGCCGGUUGGUGGGGGGUAUGGAUUCGCAACUACAGCAGUUACCGAGCCACGGGUCCGUUUAUUCCGAAUUGAGCCCCAAGCAAGCUAGCUUUGGUGGGCUGGAGGGAACUUUUAGUCCUGUUUUAUUCUCGUUUGAUGAUAGUUCAAAUGUUCCCACUUGUAUCCCGAGUGACCCAAGCCUUCAGAAUACGUUUGGCAACCAGCAGUAUGCUCCUGAGAGAUCGAAGGACAGUGGGAACGUUUUUCCCGAACAAUCUUUUGAUGCUUCCGGUCCACCACCAUAUGAUGCCUGUCAGGUGGCUGAGGACUUGGCGCUUUCUUUAGGAAGGAAAGAAAAAUACGAGGAAGAGGUGCGACGUCCUCACAAGUGGAAGCGAGAUAGGUUUGAAGAACGUGCCGUGUCUUCGGACAAGAUACACCGUGCAGGGACAAGUUCUGAGAAACCACUGCAUUAUGAAAUUAAGAGUCGGACAAUGGAGGGUCUAUGUACUGAUAUUUCGCUCCGACCUGCCAUCGUUGAAGCAGGGCCAUUCGAGCAGGGCCGUGUUAGUUCAACUCCUGCGCUUGUGGAGACGAGAUUCGGGGUUCUUAAAAAAGACCAGAAUCAGGCUUCCGCCGAAACUCUACAACGAAGGUCUGGCAGGAACAGGAGAGUCUCCUCGUUCACUGGUGCAGUUACAGGGCAUGAUUCACAUGUAGCAGCCAAAGCCGAUUCUCCUCUGUCGUUAUCAGCAGAUCACCCAGCGCAACAGCCGAAAGAGAGCUUGGCGUUUUCACUGUACACAGUGUGUGAGCGAGCUGGUAAGGUAGGCCUAACAGCGAGGGAAGCCAUGUCUGAUAUAAUGCACCAAGGUUUGCCUGGCCUAGAAGAUAGUGCUGUUCAAUCUAGCAGACGGAUUGCCAAACAAUUGCGCAAUUCGCCCUACUACAUGGAAAUUGGGGAUGGGAAGUUUGCUUUGUGCAGUGCAGUAAUCGACACAAAGCAGAAACUUAUAGGUGAGGGAUCAUCACCAAAUUUGCUACGGGACGAUUCUUUACAAAACACGAAACUGUGUGAGUCGAGCACAGCGGAUGACUCCAAAACAUCUACUGAUGAUGAGGAUAAGACCCCGAUGCUUCGCCAGAAACGGAAGCGCAACCGUGUUGCUUCAACGCGAGAAGCUGCAUCAGAACCAGAGACUGAAGUGAAAAGUAGACCUGUGCGAAGUGGGCGUCCGAAAAAGCUGAAGUACAUGAAGCAAGAAAAUGCUGAAGAGCUCGGCAAUCAGUGUAACCGGACGGAUGGAAAGGGAUGGAUUUGCCCCCUGUUGGCAAAACCCGGGUACCAAUUAUGCGAUCAUCACCUCGACAAGCUGCGAUGCAAGCCGGGAAGUAGAUCAAAGAAGAAGAAGAAGAAGAACUUGGCUGCUGCACUCGCAGAUGAGGCAGAGGCUACCCAUACGCGUGAAGAACCUCACUUGGUGGACACAGCUGGGCACGAAUUUACAACUCCUGUAGAUAGGCGGACAGGUCCUUCGGGAACCGACUCUCCCGAGGACUACCCGGGUUGAAUUAUACAUAUUUCUACAUAUGCUAACUUACACAGCGAUUAUCGAUCCUGAUGAUUGAAUGCAUCUAGCAAUCCUCUGGAGCUCUACCAAACCGUCAACCUAAUCCAUUCUCUUUUUACUACAUGGAUACGAAGGAUUCUUCAUUUUCUCCAAAAUUGUAGUAGGCUCAUGGGCUUCGCUGCACAAGGAUUGCGGGGCCGUCCCAGUGGUGGCAGCUUCGACGUUCCUGUUGGAAGAGCAGAUCAAUGCAUUCUGUUAUCGAUUUGUAUACGUAGCUCGUGACGUCCAACCCCGUCUCUGGUGUUGCCCUGCGUCGGGAUCCUGCAUCUGUAACGUCGCUUUCGGACUGCAACAUCUGUCUGCAACGUGGUGCGAGCUCAGUUUUCAUGACUAGAUCGACCAACACUAACGAGUGGGAAGCGCCAGAUUCUGUGCAGCAGGUCAAGCAUGGCCGGAAUCGAAUACACCUCAGCCUGACUCGCUAUUCAUCUGCAUCUGAAUUUGAAAAGCGCAGGCUGAGCGGUUGUUUAGGCGGGAAAUGGGAUUUCAAACUGAGCCAAGUGUUGCGUCUCCAUUCUCUCGCUCUCUCUCUGUCUCUGUCUCUGUGUCUCUCUCUCGCCUUGGAACCAAUCCUCAAAAGGCCCCUUUCCCACGAGUGGUCCCCACGAAGAUUCCUUCCCGAACGUUGCUCCAUGAAUCUACGGUUCCACGAUCUUCAUUUGUAUUGUUUUUUUUCCUAGAUUUCCUUCUUCAUUGAGACCAAGUGUUUGAGGGGCUAUGUCUUGUUCAUGUGCUCUUGUGCUUUCCUUUUUCUCUUCUCUAUUGGGAAAUUAUACAUCGAUAAUCACAAAUUUCUGAUUUUUGUUUUUGA